AUGACAAUUCUCGGCUCGAUCCUGAUCUACCCCGCGGGUGGCAUGCGGUACAUCGAUGCGCUCUUCUUCUCCAGCGGUUCCGCUACCCAGAGCGGCCUGAACACCAUCGACCUCAAUAAAAUCACGCUAUAUCAGCAAGUUGUCAUUAUGCUCAUCGCCUGCGUCUGCAACCCGAUAUUUAUCAACACAUUCGUCGUGUUUGUCAGACUGUACUGGUUCGAGAAGCGCUUUCAAGGCGUAGUACAAGAAGCGGCGCGCAAUCGUUCGCGCACGUUUUCGAAAAGGAAAAGCGAAAUGAGAGAGGAUAGGGACAUUGCGCACGAGGAGCUGGGGGUCGGUGGACGCCCAAUCACGGUCGUGCGCGAUUCGGAAGGGUAUGCGCAAGGUGCGAACUGCAAUAUGGAAGGCGAAAUUGAAGAAGACGGGAAGGAAAAUGAGGCUGAGGAACAAUCAAUAAUACGACCGUCAUCCAACAGCAAGAGCAGUGGAGGACUAAGCGAAGAGCCCGCAGUGCCUGCACCGCUGGCCAGAGAACCCAGCGCAGAAAUUGAUGCCAUCCAGCCCUUUCGAAGAGACAUUACCUUUGCCGAUGACGUCAAACCACCUCCGAGACGGGUCACUACCACCGAUAUCGAGCGUCUCCCCGAGAGGCGGACUGCUGAACAACAUAUCGCCUUUGUCGAGAAUCAGCGUAGACCCAAGGCGAAAGGGCGGUUGCGGAUCCCAGGCCCACGAGACUACGAUCGCGGCGACAAGCCUCAGCGCCUUGAUGAAGAUGAUAACAGCGCUAGCCUCGGACGGCAACGGACAAAUGACUCGAGCCAGCGUGGCAGGGAUGAGGAAGCCAAUCAGCCGGCGGAUGCCGUCGAUCCUGGUAUGAAUGGAGAUGAUCAACAGCUCAAGAAGCACCGUACCUUUUCGGUUUCGGAGCCCUGGCAACCUGGAAAGAUACGGACAGGCCUCGACGCCUUCAAGCGCAAAAUCACAUUGAAAGAUGAGGAGGACCCACCGUCUGGACUUCGCCAGCGCAAUCGCACUGCGACUUUCAAAAGCUUCUUGACCUCGAAGAGCCAAGAUCGAGACCCGAUGCCGUACUUGAGUUGGACGCCAACCAUUGGUCGCAAUUCGGCAUUUGUGGAUCUAACAGAAGACCAGAGAGAAGAAUUGGGAGGAAUAGAAUACCGGGCGCUGAAGACUUUGGCCUUCAUCCUAGUUUGCUAUUACGUUGGCUUUCAUCUUCUCGGAAUGGUGUGCUUGCUUCCGUGGUCAUUGCAUACGCACUACAAGAAUUCUGUUCUCAAGCCAGACAAAGUCAGCGCUGCUUGGUGGGGUGUUUUUACGCCAGCAUCAAUGUUCAACGAUCUCGGAUUCACCUUGACUCCGGACUCAAUGACAUCGUAUCAUGAUGCAAUUUUUCCCUUGCUCCUGGGAAGCUUUCUUAUCGUCAUUGGCAACACCGGCUUUCCUUGCAUGCUCCGAUUCAUCAUCUGGGUCGCCGCAAAGUGUGUUCCGUAUGAGAGUGGAGUUUUCCAAGAGCUCAAGUUCCUCUUGGAUCACCCGAGACGCUGUUUCACUCUUCUCUUUCCCAGCAAAGCCACAUGGUGGUUGUUCUGGGUGUUGGUGAUUUUGAACGGCACCGACUUGAUUCUCUUCGUCGUUCUCGAUCUGAAUGAUAGUACCGUCACUUCUCUGCCACCGGGUAUCCGUGUGCUCAAUGGUCUUUUCGUGGCCUUCAGCACGCGCACAGCCGGUUUCACGUGCAUCAAUAUCUCCGAUUUGCAUCCGGCCGUGCAGGUCUCUUACCUCAUCAUGAUGUACAUUUCCGUUUUUCCUAUCGCCAUUAGUUUGCGUCGGACAAACGUGUACGAAGAGAAGUCGCUUGGCCUCUACGCAGAUGCAGAAGAGGAGGAUGAAGGUGUGGAGCAAAGCUACGUGAGUACUCACUUGCGUCGCCAGCUUUCCUUCGACUUGUGGUUUGUCUUCUUGGGAUUCUUCUUAAUCGCCAUUAUCGAGGGAUCCCGCCUACAAAACACCAACGAGUACUCUUUUGAGCUCUUCUCCGUCCUCUUUGAAAUAGUAUCCGCCUACGGCACCGUCGGCCUUAGUCUGGGAUACCCUACUAUAAACGCCUCCUUCUCAGCAGAAUUCGCGACGCUUUCCAAACUCAUCAUCAUUGCGAUGCAGAUCCGUGGACGCCACAGAGGUCUGCCCUACGCGCUCGACCGUGCCAUCUUGCUGCCCUCGGAUACACUGCACAAGAAAGAAGACGAGGAGCUGAGCCGGCGCGUGACGCGGCGCGGCAGCGUGAUGAGCAAGCCUGAGGGCGGUUUUGGCGGCGGCGAGAACGCGCCCUUUAACCGACAGCCGACAUUCAAUCGCCGCGCCAGCGUCAUGACGGCGUUUGAUGAGGAGGGCGCCGCUGCGGGCGUAGGCGCCGGAGCGGGCUUGACCACAGUUCCUACGCGCAGUGGCAGGGGUCCGACGACCAUGGGCCUAACGAAGCUGUUGAGCGGUGCGCUAUCAGCGGGACCGUCGAUCCAGCGCGAGAAGAAGGCGUAA